GUUGCCUUCCCGGUGAAGCCGCUGGUGCCUGACCUUAGACGGAUAAACAACAUGGCUUAGCUUGAAUGAUGUGUGUCAGAAUGAACGCUUCGUGGCUUUAGUUCAUGGUUUACAUACACGGUCGAUCGGUGGAGAUGAGAGCUGUGCUCGUGUUUUAAUCAUGUCUGUUCACCGCUGUGUGUAUUUCCUGACGCGGACACAUUUACAGCGCAGGGCCUGUGCGAUCACAUCCAGAUAUGCUGCUGCUGCUGUGUUUAACUCCAACGGACAUGUGCUGGGAUCUUCAUCUGUACGGAGAUCUGCGUCUUCCUCAGGCAGCUCAUGGAGACCCCCGGACACCUCUCUGUUCAUCCCGCUGGCAGUGAAGAGCGACGCCGCAGAGGACGGGGCGGUGGGAGCGGAAUUAACACGAGCCCUGGAUAAAGGUGAAAUUCUGAAAGUGCUGAACAGAUUUUACAAAAGGAAAGAGAUGCAGAAGCUUGCUGCUGAUCAGGGGCUCGAUGCUUGUCUCUUCCACCAAGCCUUUAUUAGUUUCAGGAAGUCUGUUUUGGAGAUGAACACUGUCAGUGCUGAUCUCCACAUCAUUCUUAGCGACAUCUGCUACGGAGCAGGACACAUUGAUGAUAUUUUCCCAUAUUUUAUGAGGCAUGCCAAACAGAUCUUUCCCAUGCUGGACUGUAUGGAUGACCUGCGCAAGAUUAGUGAUUUGCGUGUCCCAGCGAACUGGUAUCCAGAGGCCCGAGCUAUUCAACGGAAGAUUAUUUUCCAUGCAGGUCCUACUAACAGCGGUAAAACAUACCAUGCCAUCCAGAGAUACCUAGAGGCAAAGUCUGGUGUUUAUUGCGGUCCUCUCAAGCUGCUGGCCCAUGAGAUCUUUGAAAAAAGUAACAAUGCAGGUGUACCAUGUGAUCUGGUGACAGGAGAAGAAAGAACCUUUGUGGAUCCAGAUGGGAAACAAUCUAAUCAUGUAGCCUGUACCAUUGAAAUGUGCAGUGUUACAACCCCAUAUGAAGUAGCGGUCAUCGAUGAGAUUCAAAUGAUCAGAGAUCCUUCCAGAGGAUGGGCCUGGACCAGAGCUCUGUUGGGUCUGUGUGCUGAGGAGAUCCAUGUGUGCGGAGAACCUGCAGCCAUCAGCUUCAUCACUGAACUCAUGUUCACCACUGGCGAGGAGGUCGAGGUCCGUAACUAUAAGCGGCUGACUCCGUUCUCUGUCUCGGACCAUGCCGUGGAGAAUUUAGACAACCUGAAGCCUGGUGACUGCAUCGUGUGCUUCAGCAAAAAUGACAUCUACUCAGUGAGCAGGCAGAUCGAGAUCCGAGGACUGGAAUGUGCUGUCAUUUAUGGCAGUUUGCCACCUGGUACCAAGCUGGCUCAAGCAAAGAAGUUCAAUGACCCAGAUGACCCUUGUAAGAUCCUCGUAGCUACUGAUGCAAUUGGAAUGGGUUUGAACUUGAGUAUCAGGAGAAUAAUUUUUAACUCCCUGGUGAAACCCAGCGUGAACGAGAAGGGCGAAAAAGAGAUGGACACCAUUUCCACAUCUCAGGCUCUGCAAAUUGCCGGCCGAGCAGGUCGCUUCAGUUCCAUGUUUAAAGAAGGAGAGGUGACCACCAUGCACCGCGAUGAUCUGCUUGUGCUGAAGGAGAUCCUGAGCCGACCUGUUGACCCUGUGGAGACUGCAGGUCUACACCCUACCGCAGAACAGAUAGAGAUGUUUGCUUAUCACCUUCCUGAAGCUACGCUCUCCAAUCUCAUCGAUAUAUUUGUGAGCCUCUCGCAAGUUGACGGGCUUUACUUUGUCUGCAACAUUGACGACUUCAAGUUCCUGGCAGACAUGAUCCAGCACAUUCCCCUGAACCUGCGCUCUCGCUAUGUCUUCUGUACAGCACCCAUCAACAAGAAGCAGCCCUUCGUUUGCACGUCAUUCCUGAAGUUUGCUAGGCAGUUCAGCAGAGACGAGCCCCUGACUUUUGCCUGGGUAUGUCGACACAUCAACUGGCCACUUGUCCCUCCAAAAAAUAUCAAGGACCUUGUUCAUCUGGAGGCUGUACAUGAUGUACUGGACCUUUACCUUUGGCUCAGCUAUCGUUUCAUGGACAUGUUCCCAGAUGCCAGCCUCGUCCGUGAGAUCCAGAAGGAACUGGACAGCAUCAUUCAAGUCGGAGUGAGAAACAUUACACGGCUCAUACGUGCCACAGAAGCGCAAGGCAGCAGUGCAGGUUCUGCGACUGAAUCAAAAACCUCUCCGUUCCCUGGAUUAAGACUGAGAAAAGCUCGGGGAUCUAAAUCAAAUGCUCAGGUUAAACAGGACCAGAGGGGUGCAGACAAUUCGCUCAGCACUCGCCUGGUUCAGGAUGGCCUUCUCACGCCUGAGCUCCUGCAGCAGCUGCAAAGAGAGUGGACACGAGAUCAGAACCCCAAAGGACCUACAGGGGCUAUUAACAAAAAUAAGAAAAAGAAAUGAGGCAUUUGGUAUCGAUCUCACUUUUUUACAUUUAUAUAGAGGAUUAUUUAACUAAUAGUGUUCCGUUUCAGUCAUAUGUGGAUGUGUUUCUGUCAGGACUGAGUGAAACCCAAGCUGCAGAUUGAGGUACAAAAAUGUGUGAAAGGCUAUCUGAUUGUGAACAUGAGUCAUCAUUGAUUCUGGCUUCCAAAUAAAACACACUAAUAUUUUU